UGGUUGUCUCAAACUAAUCCUCAUCUUAGUUAAUUUAGUACCAAUGUGCAUUCAAUAGUAGAAGUACAUCUUUGUUUACAUCCACCAAACCUCAAGGUAUAUGUUCACAGCGUUAAGUUUCGCGGCUCAAAAAAACAGUAGUAAGUGUUGAACACGCUUUAAGCUUCGUAGAGGUGUUGUUUUCCCACUACAGUAACUGAUGUCCGGCCAAAUUACAGCCCAUACGAAAUAAUUUCGGCUAUAUACCUGAUCUUUCAACUGUUGUCUUCCUGGAUACCGAUCUCCCGUUCCGAACUCACGGUGCUCAAACGGUACAUCCGAGCAAUUUAUACUGAUGGAAGACGACAUUCUGCGUCUCACAAAAAAAUAUAUUGGAGAUUCACACGUUAAAAGGUGUCAGGAGAGAUCAAUUAAAAGGAAAAAGAAGCUCAUCACCGUACUAGAUCAGGGACGGCUUCCAGAUGUAGGCUUUUCUGAAGCCGAUAUCGAAUCGUUACUUCUUCAAAUAUCAUCUUUCGAUUCUAAUAACUGGGAGAAUUCUGUGGGUGUUGGAGAACGAGAAGGACGAGUACUUGUGAACUUUAUUCGUCGUCGUCAUUAUGGGUUUACACACGGUAUUGGACGUUCUGGUGAUAUAGCUGCUAUUCAACCAAAAGCUUCUGGUUCAAGUCUUAUUUGUCGACUAACUAAUCAAUUGUUACUUGAUUGGUUAAGAAAAUCAGGAUCACCAAGUACAUCUGCAUGCUUUCUUGUUCCAAUGGCUACUGGAAUGUCGUUAACACUAUGUUUACUGGCUAUGAAAAGACGUCGUUCACGUCGAGCUAACUUUGUAUUAUGGUCACGUAUUGAUCAGAAGUCGUGUUUUAAAUGUAUGCUGGCUGCAGGAUUAAUACCUAUCCCUAUUGAAUUAGUCACAGAUAAUUCAAAUGAUCAACUUUGUUCAAAUCUUGAUGCUUUAGAGAUAGCAUUAAAAAAUCCUGCUAAAUAUUUGUUAGAUCACUGGCCAGAUGCAGCACAAGCUUAUAAUGUAGAUGAUAAGUCGAUAGAAAAUUCUACAUCUGAUGAUAUUGUGUGCAUUUUUACAACUACAAAUUGUUUUGCACCUAGAGUUCCAGAUAAACUACAUGCAAUUACUAAAUUGUGCAUUAAAUAUGGUGUAUCACAUUUAAUCAAUAAUGCUUAUGGUGUACAAUCACCUAGAUGUAUGCGAAUGAUUGAAUCAGCUGGAAAAUUAAUCAUUGAACACAAUUUAAACACAUCAAAUUCAUGUAAUCAACCAAUUGAUUUGUUAUAUGUACAAAGUACUGAUAAAAAUUUAAUGGUACCAGUUGGUGGAGCUGUAAUUGCUGGAUUUUCUACUGAUUUAGUUGAUUUUGUCGCCAAACUUUAUCCCGGUCGAGCUUCAGGAUCACCAACAUUGGAUGCUUUUGCUACAUUACUUUAUCUUGGUAAUAAAGGUUGGAAUGAUUUAAUUCAACGUCAAUCUAUAUGUUUCAAACGAUUACAUAAUGGAUUAAAACAAUUAAGUGAAAAAUUUAAUUUAAAAUUAUUAGAUACUUCAUCCAAUCCUAUUUCAUUAGCAUUAAGCUUAGAAAAUCUUCUUCCUAAAACAAUUACUAUACAGAAAUUCGGGAAAAAUAACAUGAUAGAAGAUAAUCAGAAACGAGAGAUAUUUCGUCAACUAACACAAAUUGGUGCUAAUCUAUUCACACAAGGAUGUUCAGGUGUAAGAGUUGUUCUACCGGCAUCUAUGCAAAAUUCUAUCAAAUUAGAUGUUUAUGAAUUUGAUGGAUUUAAUUCACAUAGUUCCACAUCUAUUAUACCUUAUGUUAAUGCAGCUUCAUCAAUUGGUCAAAAUGAAUAUGAAAUUGAUGUAUUUAUUAAAAAACUUGAUAAAAUUUUACAAUAUUUUCAAUAUUACAUCAUAAAUAAUUAUAAUAUUGACUUAAUGAAUACUGUUACGACUAUGACUACAAUAAAGGAUGAUGAUGAUGAUAAUGACAAUGAUGAGAUUGAUCAAGAUAAUGAUGUUUUGUCCAAAGAAUCAUUCAAAUUGAAUUCCCGCUUUAUCUAAUUUGAAUUCAAUAUUCAAUUGUGUAAAUACCACAUAUAUGUAUAUUGUGUUUUGUUUUUUCGCGCCCUUUUUUUGUUGUUUGUUUGAAAAUGGUAUCUGUUACUUUUGUUAUUUCUAUUAGUUACCUUUGUAAUUUCUUGUUUAGAGAUUUAUUGAUUUUCUAUUUUGUUAUUUUUGUUGUUGUUGUUGAUGUUUUUCUUUUUUUUUCGUUUCUUUCUCCUUCUUCUUACUUUUGCAUUUGUUUUAAUUUAAAGUAAAGAAGUAAAGGGAUAUUCAUGAAAUGAUUAACAUUGUUUAUUCUAUUCAUAUAUAUAUAAAACAAAUUAUAUUCAUCUUCAUUACUUAAUGACUAAUGCCUGUUACUCCUAAUGGAGUAUAAGCCACUGACCAUCAUUGUCUAACCCAAUCUGUCCUGGGUCGAGGCGGAGUUAUUCAUCUUCAUUAGUAUAUAUAUAUAUACAUCUUAAUUAUAAAUCUAAAUGAAAUUGGUAUUUAUUUAAUGAGCUCAUACUAUUUGAUGGGUGGAAUAUGAUUUAUUACCUUUAAAUAGUUUAACAAUAAUCAUAGAAAGAUGAAUGAUUUCAUAACUGUGAUGUUGUCUAAUUCAAUAUAGACAAUUGUAUAAGUAGUUUAAUAGUAGUAUUGUUAUUAUUAUUAUCAUCAUUUAAAUGGGUGUGUUAUUAAUUAUGAAAAUACAGAGAGAUUAGUUCAUUCUAUCUCAUGUUCCUUUGUAAGUGAUACAAAUGAGGUCUGUUUAUUUUUUAUUUGUGCUAACUUCAAUCUUGAUAGUGAAUAUUCAAGUGACUAGAUAAGAACAAUAGAGAAUUGUAACUAGACUACUAUUUUCUAUGUCACAAAAGUGUUCAUAGAUCAAUGUGAAAUUUAGUUUGAAAAUUUCUGUUGAAUGAAUAAAUACAGUUCGACAUGCAACAACAUUUGCUCAGACUAUUGUAACCAAAUGGUUGGAAACUCUGGAUGACAUGGCUCAUAAUUGAUCACUAUGGUGUAGGUGUAUACACUCUUUAUCUCCCCUUGAAUCGUGAGAUUAAGAUUGUUUUAUACUUUUCUUUCGACGAACUAAUUCUUUAUUUCUAUACUAUAUCUUUAUUUACAACCUUUUUUAUAAAUUAAUACCAUUG